UCGGUGCGAGUGACCAAGUUUGGCUCACGAGAAAACUACGAGAGCUAGGGAUGAGAUUUGUUCACUUCUGAUGAGUCUUGGGAGUUUGGUGGUAGAAACAAUUUAAAAUAUGUCAAGUCUGAUAACACAAGCAUAUUAAAUAGUGUUUUAAAUUUUCACCUGGAAUUCAGAAAUCCUAAAGAAGUCAAAUGUACGGCUUUGUCAACUAUGCCCUGGAGCUGUUGGUCAUACGGAACUUUGGGGAGGAGGCAUGGAAAGAAAUCAAACAAGAAGCUUACCUGGACAUGGACGGCGACUUCCUGGUCCGUCAGGUCUAUGACGACAGUGUGUCCUAUGACCUGGUUGGUGCUGCUUGCAAAGUUCUCAAUGUGGACGCUGCUACUGUCCUUCAGUUGUUCGGGAAAAUGUUCUUUGAUUACUGUGUUGAAUCAGGCUAUGACAAAAUUUUGAAAGUUUUGGGCGCCACAACGACAGACUUCUUACAGAACCUGGAUGCACUCCACGAUCAUCUGGCCACCAUUUACCCAGGAAUGAGGGCACCAUCUUUUAGGUGCACGGAGAGGGCGUCAGAUGGAGCCACUGUUCUACACUACUAUUCCGACAGGCCUGGCUUAGAGCAUAUAGUCAUAGGUAUAGUCAAGGAGGUCGCCAGGGCACUCCACAACUCACCUGUUAUCGUGGAGGUGAUUAGAACCAAAGAUGACGACUGCGACCACGUCCAGUUCGCCAUCAUUGAGGAAAGCAAGCAGCAUCAGACGGACAACGCUGACCUGGAAACAUUCGAGCACAAUCUGUCUCUAGAGCCAAGGAUUAGCCCCGCCUCUUUCUGCAGAGCCUUUCCCUUCCAUAUGCUGUUUGACAGGGACAUGGUCAUUCAACAGGCUGGGUUAUCAAUCAGCCGAGUUAUUCCGGAGGUCAACAAAGGAAGCCAGAUCACAGAUCUAUUCGAGAUGAUACGACCUCACAUGGACUUCUCUUUCAACAACAUCUUGUCUCACAUCAACACCAUCUUUGUGCUCAUCACCAGAGAAGGCGUGCUGACCAACAGAGAUGGCUCACCCACGAGCAUCAUGUCUGAGCAGCAGCAGAUGAGACUGAAAGGUCAAAUGAUUUAUGUCCCUGAGAGUGAGUCGAUUCUAUUCAUGUGCUCACCCAGCGUGAUGAAUCUUGACGACAUCAGCAGGAGGGGGCUCUACUUGAGUGACAUACCCCUGCACGACGCCACCAGGGAGCUGGUGCUCCUCUCCGAGCAUUGGGAAGCGGAAUACAAGCUGGCGCAGAACCUGGAGGUCCUAACUGACCAGCUUCAGCAGACUUACAGGGAACUGGAAGAUGAAAAAAAGAAGACGGAUAGGUUAAUGUACUCCAUACUCCCACCAUCAGUAGCCAACGAACUCCGUCACAGGAGGCCGGUCAACGCCAUGAAGUAUCCCCAUGUCACAUUGCUGUUUAGUGGCAUUGUGGGUUUCACUCAAUACUCAGCCAAACAUUCAGAUGCGGAGGGCGCCAUGAAGAUAGUGGAGCUCCUAAACAUUGUAUACACCAGGUUUGAUAAACUUUUGGACCCAGCCAAGAACCCAAACAUCUUCAAGGUUGAAACUGUUGGUGACAAAUACAUGGCGGUCAGCGGUCUGCCAGAGAAAUGUGAUGACCACGCCAGAUCUAUCGCCAGACUUGCCUUGGAUUUCAUGGACAUCUCUAAAGAUCUGAAAGAUCCGACUGGUGAACAGAUAAUGAUCACGAUUGGCAUUCACUCUGGCGAAGUGGUGACUGGAGUCAUCGGCAAGAAAAUGCCCAGGUACUGUCUGUUCGGCAACACGGUCAACUUGACCAGCAGAACUGAGACCACGGGAGAGAAGGGCAAGGUCAACGUCUCCGAGUAUGCUUACAAAUUCCUUCAAGAACCCUUGAACUUUGACCCAAGCUUCCAAUUUGAAUACAGAGGAGAAGUUGCCAUGAAGGGCAAGGCCACUCCCAUGAAAUGUUAUUUCCUGAGUAGAAGAGUAGAUCCGGUAGAAUCAUAAUGGACUACUUUCUUGACCUUUCAGUACUAUUUGAAUCAAAGGCUUUUUCAAUAAUGUAGUCUGUUAUAUACGAUUUUAUUAUCAGUACAUGUUCUGUAUAUGAAUUUUAAUGUAUAGUGUGAAUAAAAUAAUCACCCACAAUUA